AUGGGGCGGCGUUCCGCCAGCAGAAGCCGAGGGAGUGGAGGCUCCAGCCCAAGCCUGCCCCGGAAGCCAAAGGAGAGUGGUACCGUGAACAGCUGGAAUGUGGAGCGGCAGUUUGGCUUCGUUUCUUGCGAUGGCAACCGCUCAGACGUGUUCUUGCACGCCGAAGGCUUCAGAGAUGUGGACGUGCGCGACCGUGUCAAGAAGAGUGGCCUGAAGCGCCCAGUCCUCAGAUGGAUGGUGCACGCGAGCGGCGACGCUCCCGAAGCCGAAGCCGAAGUCGAAGUCGAAGGCGCAGAUGACUCUGAAAGCGGCAGCGUGGGGAAUAGCGAUCCGUGCGCGAACUUAGCUGAUCUCUCGGCUUCCCUGCGGAGCAAUUCGACCCUCAGAAGACUGGACUUGCAGGCCAACUACCUGGAGCCGCACGAUCUGAAGGUCAUCUUCCAGUCGAUCACCCCAAAAUCAGCGCUGCAGGACCUGCGUGUGAACUUCCAGGCGAGCCUAGCUGCCCCUCCAGUGGACUUCGCGCAGAUGAUGCUGUCUGAGGCCGGCACCGAGAUCUACAAGGCAGCCCAUAAGGCGCUCGAGGAGAACAAGAAGCUCCUCAAGCUCGAUCUGUCUGGGCCUCGAGGGGGCUUUGAGGGUUUAGGGUUAGGGGUCGGGGCCUCGAUUUUUAUUUUUGAUCUUUUUUUUUUUUUUUUGGUUGGGGGGGGGGGGGAGGGUUUGGGGUUUCGGGGGUUUUCGAGUUGUUUGGGGAGUUUGAGGGUUGUAGGGCUUGGGCUUUACGGCCUUGGGUGUGUAUGUAUGUAUGGAUUGAUGCAGGUAUGUGUUCACUUCUAG